AUGUUUAUCGAUCGACCUUCCUUGAUUUACAUCGAUUUGCUUCGUACCUGUUCGACAGACAAUAUGCCUGCUGGCCUUCCAUCGACUUUUGUUGAAGGUGAUGAAGAUUCGAAAGAAAGGAGACAGCGCAAACAAUUCUUGCGCGCUAGCCAUCUUUCGAGCUCACUGUCCAUUAUCUAUCUAUCUAUCUAUCUAUCUAUCUAUCUAUCUAUCUAUAUUAGACGGGUAUCAAUAACUACUUGGAAAGAAAAUUCUCAAAUUUAUUUAAUUUUAAACACCGAAGUGUUUUUCCCUUUCUUUGUCUUUUUCUUCAACAUUUCUUUCUUUACCCUUUGCUCUUUUUCCUUUGUUUAUUUCCUCUGUUCCUCGACUAAACUUCCCACAUCCGAUGGAAAAGAGGUCAAUCUGUUUACUCUCAACCACUACUGUCUCCUUUUCUAUAUUACCCCCCUCCAGUCUUCUAUAUCUCCCCCCAACACUGUCGCUUUCUUUCUUUUCCCCUUCCCCUCCUGUUUUCUUACAUUCGUUUCUCACUUAUCUAUCUAUCUAUCUAUCUAUCUAUCUAUCUAUCUAUCUAUCUAUCGCAGUCUGUUCUAUCGCAGUCUGUUCAUAUCUAUCUAUCUAUCUAUCUAUCUAUCUAUCUAUCGCAGUCUAUCUAUCAUAUCUAUCUAUCUAUCUAUCUAUCUAUCUAUCUAUCUAUCUAUCUAUCGCAGUCUGUUCAUAUCUAUCUAUCUAUCUAUCUAUCUAUCUAUCUAUCGCAGUCUGUUCAUAUCUAUCUAUCUAUCUAUCUAUCUAUCUAUCUAUCUAUCUAUCUAUCGCAGUCUGUUCAUAUCUAUCUAUCUAUCUAUCUAUCUAUCUAUCUAUCUAGAUAGAUAG